GACCACUCCACAAACCUCAACCUCCUCGACUCCCUCCCGUACCCCCCCCCCCCCCCACAUCAACUUUACGACUUUACGCAAACAACACCGAUACAUCAAGAUGAUUGCCCAAAUCAAGCUUAUGAGCUCUGACGGUGCCAUCAUUGCUGUCGACAAGGAGGUCGCUGAGCGUUCCGUCCUCAUCAAGAACAUGCUCGAGGAUGUUGGCGAGGUUGAGGAUGCUAUCCCGAUUCCUAACGUCAACGAAGCCGUUCUGAAGAAGGUCAUCGAGUGGUGCGAGCACCACCAGGGCGACUCGCCUGCUACCAACGACGACGAGUCGGACUCUCGCAAGAGGUCGACCGAUAUCGAGGAGUGGGAUCAGAAGUUCAUGCAGGUCGACCAGGAGAUGCUCUUCGAGAUCAUCUUGGCUGCCAACUACUUGGAUAUCAAGCCUCUUCUUGAUGUUGGAUGCAAGACCGUUGCCAACAUGAUCAAGGGAAAGAGCCCCGAGGAGAUUAGAAAGACUUUCAACAUCCAGAACGAUUUCACUCCCGAGGAGGAGGAGCAGAUCCGUCGCGAGAACGAGUGGGCCGAGGAGUGACCGUUAAACAACCUCCACCAAUAUUGU